AUGGAAGCUCUCCUUUCCCAAUUCACUCUCCUCUCAAACCAGGCUUUGGAGGACAAGAACUUCGAUCCUUCGACGAUCGAAGAGCUUAUGAAAUUCUUCGAAGUAGAAGCCCACAGAUCAUGGGCUGCACUGGAUGUUGAACAGAAGAAUGCAGUUGAAGAAGCUGAAAUCUCCAUGAGAGAAGCUGAGGACUACCUCAACUUGGUCAUGGAGAGGGCCAUGGACGACUUCAGGAGCUUUGAAGGGGAGCUGGGUCAGGCAGCAAAGGCUGAACUAGAGAGCCUGGUAAAAGAGGCAAAGGCUGCAAAGAAGAGGGGAAAGUUGAUUGAAAGCGCAGCAACAAUUGCGUCCAAGAAAUACAUGGAAGCUGCACUCUCUUCCGCCACUGCUUCAGUGAAAUCAGCAUUCAAGGGAUCCAAGGUUCAUCCUUCUUAA